AUGGGAAUACACAUUGGGCCUUCUUGUCAUGCAAAGGCUCAACUGAGUAUCUCAGACCCUGAACAGGAAUUACGAUCACAGCUGGAGGAGAGUAACAAGAAGUAUCAUGAACUCAAAGAACGUUUUCUUGUGUCUGAAGCUACUGUCUAUUCCAUGGCUAAUGAGCUGAAAAAGCACAAGAACCAUGAAAAUGAAGAGUCUAAAAUAGAAAUUGAAUUGCUGACCCCCAGCAUGAACCAUGAGGGUGCAAAAGAGGAUAAAGGUGAAGCAAUCCUGCACGCCUCAUUGUUGGGAGACCCCAAGACUUCCUCCCAGGGCUGUGAUGAGUGGAACAUCCUGGAGCCUCUUGGAGAUCUGAUUGAUGAUGACGAACUAUACUUUUCUCUGGGUGAAACUUAUCCUCAGGAAGCUGGGAAUGAAGAAAAGGAAGCAGAGCACGUGGUGCUCAGGUGA